GAGUUUUACGAGUUCUUAUGUCAAACAAUUGAUGUGCGUGCUUGGUGUUCUUGACGUUGACUACCUAUCUCGCAUAUAUAUCCAUUACUAUCUGUAAUAUCAAUAUGUGCCUAAUAUGCAUAAGUUAAUAUGUAUUUUAAUAGUACUUAACGUGCCAUUUUAUCCUUCAUAAACAAUUUAAUGGGAAAACGAUUAAUUCACUAAUAAAAGGAGAUUAUUGUAAUUAUGUUUGGGUACAUAAGAGAUGCGUGAUGUGUCUAAAAAUGGAAUAGUAUAAAAUACAUAAGGGUAUAAACGUAAAUUGACCUUACAUCUUCCCUCCUAUAAAAAUGCUUCAACUCGAGAAAAAGCGUGACCACAUUAGCAGGUGAAAAACAGCUAAGCUCUGCUCCAGUUUUUAUUCACAAGUUAACAUUUUUUUUCCAUUAAAAACCGUCAUCAAACUUGCCGUGUCCGCUUCUUCUUUUCUCCCAGGUUUUGAAUCUUCUCUGCUUCAGAAAAUGGGUUUAGGAAGGGUUGAAACCUCGACUUUUAUGUCCGAUUUUCUCGAGAAGUGCGGUGGAUACGCUGUUUUAGAUGGCGGUUUUGCUACUGAGCUCGAACGACAUGGUGCUGAUCUAAACGAUCCUCUUUGGAGCGCUAAAUGCCUUAUUAGUUCGCCUCAUCUUGUUAGAAGGGUUCAUUUGGACUAUCUUGAUGCUGGUGCAAAUAUCAUAAUAACCGCAUCUUAUCAGGCUACAAUUCAGGGUUUUGAGGCCAAAGGUUUAUCUAGAGAAGAAGGUGAAGUACUGCUCAGGAGGAGUGUAGAAAUAGCACGUGAAGCAAGAGAAAUUUACUAUGACAGAUGCACCAAAGAUUCUUGGGAUUUUGUUGAAGCCGGAAAUAUAUCAAGGCGUCCAAUUUUAAUUGCGGCUUCCGUUGGCAGCUAUGGAGCUUAUUUAGCUGAUGGUUCUGAGUAUAGUGGGAAAUAUGGUGAUUCAGUUACUUUGGAAACGCUCAAGGAUUUCCACAGAAGCAGGGUACAGAUUCUUGCUAGCGCUGGUGCAGAUCUAAUUGCAUUUGAAACGACUCCGAACAAGCUAGAAGCACAGGCAUACGCAGAGCUUCUCGAGGAAGAAGGAAUCAAUAUUCCAGCAUGGUUUACUUUCACUUCCAAUGAUGGAAUUAAUGCCGCAAGUGGUGAUUCCAUCUUGGAAUGUGCCUCCAUUGCUGAUUCCUGCAAGCAAGUUGUUGCUGUUGGAAUCAACUGCACUCCUCCUAGAUAUAUCCACAGUCUGAUUUCCCAUAUUCGAAAGGUAUCAAGUAAACCAAUUGUGAUAUAUCCAAACAGCGGUGAGACUUAUGAUGCUGUGAACAAGAAAUGGGUGAAAUCGAGUGGGGUGAACGACGAAGAUUUUGUGUCGUAUUUGGACAAGUGGAGAGAGGCUGGGGCUUCUCUAUUUGGUGGAUGCUGCAGGACAACACCAAAUACCAUAAGGGCCAUAUCCAGGGCUCUCUUUGACAAAUCCAACACUGAUACGUAAUGUAAAUACCUUUGUUAUCACAUGUAUAUCAGAGGAAAUAACAAUAAACAUGAUGUUGCCCAAGCCUUUUGAUAUGAGAAGGUCAGAGUGCCACAAUUUCAUGAAAA